UGCCUUACACCCCGCUGUGACCACCACCGCCCUCCACCACCUCCUCCUCUUCCUGCUCCACAUCCUCCUCCUCUUCCACUCCACUCGUCCUCCACCCCUCCGGCUCCCUCAGUCUCCGUUUCCACUCCAAUUUGCGUUGAUCGUACCGCCCAUCCAACGCCGAGAACCCUCACUGACCCUUCAACCCGUCACUCCCCUUCCUCUACUUCCACUUCCCUCCUCUCUUCACUCUCUUCUUCCUCCCCCUCCUCCUCUUUCUCCUCGUCCUCCUCCUCCGGGCGGGGUUCAAGAUGCCUACGGGGACAGAGCAGCACGCCGUGGCGGUGACUUACGCCAUUCUGGUGGUGCUGUUACUUAUCCUCUACGUCCUCUAUACCAGCCUGGUGUCGCCCCUACGCUAGCCAGACGUGAUGGGCGCGGCGUAGUGUAGCCGAGGGCGCCAGUAUGGAGGCCUCCCAGGACGUGGGCGGGGUGGGCGGCAGGUGUGGGCGGCGCCGCAACUGUCGCACGUGUGGCCAGCAACACCAGCCACACGAGCCACACCUGUAUGACUACAUCGACGAGGUGGACGAGGACGUCACCUGCCACAUCUGUCUGCAGCCGCUGGUGACGCCCUUGGACACGCCGUGCGGCCACACCUUCUGCCGGCCGUGCCUCCUGUCGUACCUCACCGUCCAGCAGAGUUGCCCUGUCGACCGCAAGCCCUUAUCCCAGCAGCUGUGUAGCCCCUCAUCCCUUGUGCUGAAGAAACUCCUGGAGAAGCUGAAGGUAAAAUGCCCCAACGAAGACCACUGCACCAACGAGAUGCAGCGGGGCGACCUGGAAGACCACCUUAAGUACAGGUGCCCCGGUAACUGGGUGUCGUGUCCACACACUACCUCGGGAUGCGACUACCGCGGACCACCUCGCUCCAUGACCCCGCACACCGCCACCUGCCCGUUCAAAGACCAAGGUGUGUCGCGGCCGCCCGUGGUGGAGGGACAGAUCAGCCACCUGGAGGUGCCCCGCACACACACUGCCCUGGGCAUUACCAUCGUCGGCGGGUCGGAUACGCCCCUGCGGUGCGUGGUGGUGCAGGAAGUGUUCCCGGACGGCCUGGUGGCUCAAGAUGGACGCCUUCAGCCCGGCGACCAGAUCAUCGAGGUAGACGGCGUGGACAUGACUUCGGCGACCCACCAUACCGUGUGCCAGGCCCUGCGGAAGCCAAACGCCGUGCUACGCCUUGGCGUCUACCGCGAGAGGAUCGAGGCACAAAAAGCACUACUGUCCUCCCCUACGCCCCCCGCCCCUGCCAGCCCGGGUCCCGCUGUUCCCCAGCCAAUUGAAACCAUGAUGGUGUCGCUGCGCAAGGAGAGCAGCCGACAACUGGGGCUGAAGCUCGGGGGGCGCCGCACCGAGCCGGGUAUCUUCGUGAUGGAAGUGCUGGACGGCUCUGUAGCAGCCCAGGACGGACGACUCCAACCACACGAUCGCAUCUUGGCCAUCAACGGCGCGGACGUGCGGUACGCCCGUCUCGACCACGCCUCCACUCUCAUCCAGGAAAGCCGGUACAGUGUAAGCCUCGUGGUGAGCCGCGGCAGCAGUGUGGUGGACGGCCCUGCAUGUCAGUCACCAGAAUACCAACACCUUUUUCGCUCUCCGGAUCCCGCCCUUCCUGUGCUUCACUGGCGCACAAAGUCCGCUCCAGAACGCCUUGUCCCCCGCCUUGACUGUCACCAUAAGGAUGUCAACAAGAGUCUUGGAGAUGUGACUGAUACAGGAGGUGAGGACGUGGGUCUGUCCGCCUCUUGCGAGUCACUGGAUAACCGAAGAGGGUCCGGCGGUGGCUGGGUGACUGGGGGCUCGUUGGGCUCCCUUGGCACAGGGCGCCAAAGCACCGAGGGUUCUCUUGCUUCUUUAGGAUCGGCUCUACACCAGAGUUCAGGCAGCAUCUCCUCAGCAGUACGCGGCGGGGCUCAGGAUGACGAAUCUACGCCCCCAGCACUGCCCCCGCGACCCCGCCACGCCCUGGCCCACUCCCGCUCCAAUGAUCAGCUGGCCACUCCGGACGUUGUUAGUAGUGAAGGCGUACGGGAAGUAAGCGGCGUGGAAGAUUCCCCUCCACAUGACACCACAGAUGGCUCCUGCAGCAGCCGCCUCAAAGGGCGUCGUUCUCGAGACUCCAGUGACAUGAGUGACAUAACUUAUGGGUUUUCACGCUCUCUGCGCAUCGAGGGCGCACACCUCCAUCAAAAAACUGUCACUAUCUCUAAGGGUGGAAACGAGAGCCUGGGCAUGAGAAUAGGCGGUGGACUGGGCAGCAACGAGGGAGACACGCCCAUUUAUAUCGCCAACAUCAAUCCACAGGGACCCGUCGGGAAAUCCAAGCAGGUUAAGAAGGGAGACGUGGUGCUGUCUGUGAACGGGCAGUCACUGGUGGGCCUGACGCACGGGCAGGCUGUGGCGCUACUCAAGGCAACAGCCGAGCUGUCCGGCGUCACGCUCUCGCUCCUCGACGGACCAGAAACAUCGCUGGGCUCCGCCAACUUUGUGCCGUCAUGGCUCUUCUGGCAGAAGCUACCUCGCUCCCUGCAUGUCUCCAAGAGCGUGUUGCUGCACCGUGCUCCCGGUGCCUCGCUGGGCUUCAGCAUCGUGGGCGGUGCUGACCCUCAGCGCGGCGCAGAGCCCAUCCACGUGCUGUUCGUGGUGCAGUCCUCGCCGGCAGCAGCUGACGGCAAACUGCGCUGCGGAGAUCGACUGUUGGCGGUGGAUGGCCACUCGCUGGAGCAGGUGCGGCAUGCAGCCGCCGUGGCCCUGCUUAAGCAGGCUGGGCAGCGGGUGCACCUGCAGGUCGUGUCCUGGUUGGGCACAGAGCUGUGACCUACUCCAUUAGGUGAAUAUAGAAUUGGCCAGUCAGGACUACACCUCCUGUCUUGUCUUGUCUCGACACGGUAACAAGAUGUUGCCGUGCCCAAAGUCUAAGACGAUUCCUGACUGGGCAUUCAACACCAAAGUCUUGGCGGCGGCAGCAGCGGGGUCACCAACAGCUGUGAUCUCUCCAGGGUUCCUUUCGCACAUUAGCUAGUCUUUUCCCGCCUCGGGCCAUGGGGAAGCGGCCCCUCAGGGCACUACUUGCCUCUUCUCCCUCUUACCAGGGAAUUGGUGAUACAGAUUGGCAUUGAUCAAGCCUGACAUUGGCCUACAUAAAUCAGCGACCCUCACAUAAGGUCCUCCACCCCUCACACUACACCAUGUAAGACCUCCAUACUGGCGUCUCCUCGGCGCAUGCCAAAUUGUAUCAUAUUUUUUUUUCCGUUUCGUUUGUUUCGGGUUGACAUACGUGUUUAGAAUCGCAGCCUUAGUAGGGCUGAUUAUGUUCCCUUGUAGCUUGAUCCCCGUCUGUGUGUGUGUGUGUGUGUGUGUGCGUGUGCGUGUGCGUGUCUGUGUGUGUAUCCCCUCCCUGCUCUAGUUAGAUGAUUUCCCAAGCCUUACCGACACUCUUAGAACGGACGUUGACGUGAACCGCUCUUUUUGACUCAAACUUUGACACAUGACACACUCUUAAGCUGUACCCUCGACAUGCCUUCAGUUAAACAUCACCUGCUGCUGACACCUCAAAUCAAGCAAUAACCCCCCCCGUCCUUGCAAUAAACUUAAUACUUGUAUUGACAAUACAUUGACAAUACAGUUCAGUACCACCAGACUGGCUGACGGACUGACCAAGCAUACUGUGCGGUUUUAUGUCACACCACAGUAAAAUGUUUCAGUUACCUAGCGCGAGUGUGUUCACGGCGAAUUCUUAGCCUCUCGGUGACUGGCUGAAACCCAGAAUACGGAAAUCGAGGCGCUGUUUUCAUUUAGGAAAUUCAGCAAAUUCAAGUAAUGUGUUUUUAUUUUCCCAUUAAUUAAUUAAUAAUAUCGUUGAUAUGUAAAGGUUACUAUGGUUGCAGCAAGUCACCAAGAGGCUGGGAGCUCGCUGCGAAUGCUUUUGCACCAGGUAGUGAGAAACUCACUAAAACGUGACUAAAUAGUUUUACUUAUGUUCAGUAGCGCGGGCAGGAGGGCACAGUUCCUAUGGUUCCGUCCACACUCGGGCAGUGCCUGCCGAUGUGAGCGUAUUUCUCUCGUUUCUCAAGAAUAUUACCUAACGGAGCAGUUACCAGUAGGCACCAUAGCAUCGGGCAGUGUCCGGCUGGGUGUGUACUAACCGGGCAAAGCCCACCGAACACAUUUCGAUAGUGCGGACAGGCAAGCAAGGGGCACUUAGUUGGUCUGGCGCGCGAUUUCCGCUUUUAUGACGUCAUCGCCAUAGUUUGUCCGCCAUCCAAACGUGUGUAUCGGAACGGGAUUAAUCCGAUACACACAAGUGUUUGCCCGUUUGGAUGGUGCGUGGCGGGCUCGAAAGGAGAUGUCAUAAGCGCGGAAAUAACGGCCAAUCCAUCAAAAUGCCCUUACUUGCCCGGCCACUAUCGAGGAGUGCCCGGCAGGCUUUGCCCAGUAAAUGCACAGCCUGUCGGCACUGCCCGAUGCUGUGCAGCCUGCCGAUAACUGCUCCAUCUGCCAACACUCAUUGAGAAGUGAGAGAAAUACGCAGACCCGCGUUGCCGCCGAGCACGGCCCAUAGUGUGGACGGGGCAAAGGAGGGGAAGCCCGCCUGGCCCCAUGCCUGUAGCGGCAGUAGUGAUGUAGUGUAAUGGAACCGCAUCUCUCUCUCUCUCAUCGCCGCCUCUGUCUGUUACACAAGUUAAUACCAUCAAAAGGGUUGAACUUGUUUAAUCCAACAAAUUGAACAUAGUUCCAUAUUACGCCUGUGACCAACACUAUUUCUUUUGCGUUAAUUAAAGAAACUGAAGUGUACUGGCUCGCAAGUCACUGUGCUUUGUUACUAUGGGGCAGUGAUUUUUUUUCAUUAUCUGUUAAAUGAUCACUCAAAGCUUUUCUCUUGAUAAUCCCCUUUCCUAGCAAUACUCGGCGCGGCUCCUGUAGCUCCGGGUGUUCACUGUGAACUUAUUUUCGCGUCUGUGGUUCAAUAAAGAGACGGAGUAAACAGU